GUAUAGUAUUGCAAAAUCACAAAUUACCUACUCCGUACUUUUGCAAUUCUUACCUUAAAUUUUAUAAUAUGAAUUGCUUAGCCAAUCUACAUUAUCUUAGUAUUAAAAUAAUAGAUGUUUGAAAUUACCGCGUCAAAUAGUUCUAUUGAUUCUUAUUAAUAUACUCAUCAGUUCAGUACCAUUUCUAGGGUUUAUUACACCUCAAAAUAAUUGUCAUUCUUGAAUCUUGAAGCUCCAAAAGUACUCUUUAGCAACUGAUUGUCUAAUUUGAUUGGAGAAGAUGGGUGGUUUUGAGCUGAAAUGGUUUGUAAGAGUAGCUGUUGUUCUGAUGAUGGUCCCAGAAAUUCUUGGUUGGGGGAAAGAAGGACACUAUGUUAUCUGCAAAAUUGCUCAGGAAUAUCUAACAGAAGAUGCUUUGGCUGCAGUCAAAGCAUUACUCCCAGAUCAAGCCGAAGGUGAUCUUUCAAAUGUCUGCUUCUGGGCUGAUGAAGUUCGGCACCACUACCACUACCGCUGGAGUGCUCCGUUACAUUAUGUAGAUACACCUGAUUUCUUGUGCAAUUACAAAUAUUGCCGAGAUUGCCAUGACGGGCAUGGACACAUGGACAGGUGUGUUACGGGAGCAAUAUACAACUACUCAAUGCAACUUUCACAGGGAUACUAUGAUUUGAAUUCAGAAAAAUACAACUUGACUGAAGCACUUAUGUUCUUGUCUCAUUUUGUUGGUGACGUACAUCAGCCACUUCAUGUUGGUUUCAUUGGAGAUCUUGGUGGAAAUACUAUAGUAGUUCGUUGGUACAGGCGGAAGACUAAUUUGCACCAUGUAUGGGAUACCAUGAUUAUUGAAUCUGCAUUGAAGACAUACUACAAAUCUGAUAUCAUGUUAAUGAUACAAGCUCUUAUGAAAAACAUCACUGAUGGAUGGUCCGAUGAGGUUCCAUCUUGGGAAGAUUGCCCGAAGCUGGUUUGUCCUGACCCGUAUGCUUCUGAAAGUAUACAUUUGGCAUGCAAAUUUGCCUACAGAAAUGCAACCCCGGGAAGCACUUUAACAGAUGAUUACUUCCUCUCUCGGCGUCCUGUUGUGGAGAAGAGGUUGGCGCAAAGUGGGGUCCGCUUGGCCGAAGUUCUCAACCGAAUUUUCACUAAAAAACCAUCAGUUGUUGCACAAUGAAGAUGAACUGCAGCAGGAAGUCACAAAUAGGGGUCCCCACUAUGUAUUCAACAACUUCCUCUAUAACUUGGGGAGUUUUCCUCACGCCAAGAAGUGACACCUACUUAAUUGCCUUAUAAGUCAACUAUUAUAUUUUAAAAAGGUGUAAUAAUAUAUACCUUUAGAUGUACUACUACUCCAUCUCAUCUGAUAAUGCUGCUGUCAUAUUGGAAUAUGCUGUAUGUUGCUUUUAUGGAUUAUCAACCUCUAUUUUGCUUAAGAUAAUAGGAAUCUUCAGCUUGUACACAAUAAGAACCAGUUGAACAUUUUGUAUAUAUAUGUAACAAUCCCAUUUUGAUGGGACAUUUCUGUUUCUA